CCCUAGUCCUAACCUAUAACCUGAUAUAUGUGAUCGGAGAAAGCAAACGAGAGCAAGAUGAAAACAAAAUAAGGGCUGAGAGAGAAAGAGAUGGAGAAGGAAGAAAGUGCAAUUGCUUCAGUAAGAGAUGAUGAAACCCAGAAUCAAGCCAACAAGAAUUUAAAUAACAGAGGAGGAGCAGCAACAAACAAUCCAAAUCUGAAUAAUACUAAAGGGAAAUCUUGUAAAGGGUGUCUUUAUUAUUCAUCCUCCUUUAAAUCUCAGUCUCGUAACCCUCUCUGUGUUGGCAUAUCUCGUUCUCUCCCCCAAGUACCUCAAAACAUUGUGGGAAAAUCUGAGGUGGAAGCUCAUGAAAAGGGGAGGGACUUUGCAGAUUUCAGAUAUGGUUGUGUUGGAUACUCAGUUUACUCAGAUAGGAAAGGUCAAAAAGAUGUGCAAGAUGGAAACUCAGAACUUCCUGCCUGCAUUGGAAUUGAGGUUCUGGUGGACAGAAAAAUAACAGCUGCUGACUCUGUUCCUGCUCAUGCUCAUGCUCAUAACAAGGAUAAUCAUAGAUCGCCACAGCCUCAUACACAAAAACCAGCAGUGUCUGUAGGGGAUGAGUUCUUAAAAAGGUUCACAAGAAAUGCAGGGCUGGUAGCAGCAGGGGUUGCAAAAAAUGUACGGAAAGUAGGCAAUCAGGUCAAAGCAAGUAUUGAUGACAUCCUCUACCCUUACCGUCGACCACCAAAGUAAUGACUAUAAUCUGCGACAAGAUGUAACAGAAUAAGGAGGUGGAUAAUGUAGAAAUGAUCUUUGCUGAGUGCAACUUUGUUUUUCGUUGUAUUUAUUUGUAAUUUACUUUCCAACAGUCAUAUUUAUCCAUAUUUGGCAUUUGCUCACUUUGUACCAAAAUAAGUUUCAGCUUAAAAGAGCAAAAGAGUAUGAAUUUUCAUUGUUUGAA